CUAGACUCAGUUUCACAAAGGUUUAACUAUAGAUCAACACAUCAUCUUGCAUCUCAUGGAUUCUAUGAGUUUUUAAAUUGGUUUGAUGAAAGAGCAUGGUAUCCACUAGGAAGAAUAGUAGGUGGUACUGUUUAUCCAGGGUUGAUGAUAACAGCUGGCCUUAUCCAUUGGAUUUUAAAUACAUUGAACAUAACAGUGCACAUAAGAGAUGUAUGUGUGUUCCUUGCACCAACUUUUAGCGGCCUUACAUCUAUAUCUACUUUCCUGCUUACCAGAGAACUUUGGAACCAAGGAGCAGGACUUUUAGCUGCUUGUUUCAUUGCUAUUGUACCAGGGUAUAUAUCUCGGUCAGUAGCUGGAUCCUUUGAUAAUGAAGGCAUUGCUAUUUUUGCACUUCAGUUCACAUACUACUUGUGGGUUAAAUCUGUGAAAACGGGAUCAGUUUUUUGGACAAUGUGCUGCUGUUUAUCAUAUUUCUAUAUGGUCUCUGCUUGGGGUGGGUAUGUGUUUAUCAUCAACCUUAUUCCAUUGCAUGUAUUUGUGCUGUUACUGAUGCAGAGAUACAGCAAGAGAGUAUACAUAGCAUAUAGCACUUUCUACAUUGUGGGUUUAAUAUUAUCCAUGCAGAUACCUUUUGUGGGAUUUCAGCCAAUCAGAACAAGUGAACACAUGGCAGCUGCAGGUGUUUUUGCAUUGCUGCAAGCUUAUGCUUUUUUGCAGUAUCUGAGAGACCGAUUAACAAAACAAGAAUUCCAGACUCUCUUCUUUUUGGGUGUGUCACUAGCUGCAGGUGCUGUGUUCCUUAGUGUCAUCUAUUUGACUUAUACAGGUUACAUUGCACCAUGGAGUGGCAGAUUUUAUUCAUUAUGGGACACUGGGUAUGCAAAAAUACACAUUCCAAUUAUUGCAUCAGUGUCUGAGCAUCAACCUACGACUUGGGUGUCUUUCUUCUUUGAUCUACAUAUUCUUGUAUGUACCUUCCCAGCAGGCCUAUGGUUCUGCAUCAAAAAUAUCAACGAUGAAAGAGUAUUUGUUGCUCUGUAUGCAAUCAGUGCUGUCUACUUUGCUGGAGUGAUGGUGCGGCUGAUGUUGACUUUGACUCCAGUCGUCUGUAUGCUGUCUGCAAUUGCCUUCUCAAAUGUUUUUGAGCACUAUUUGGGAGAUGACAUGAAAAGGGAAAAUCCACCUGUGGAGGAUAGCAGUGAUGAGGAUGAUAAAAGAAAUCCCGGAAAUUUGUAUGAUAAGGCUGGCAAGGUACGGAAGCAUGUGGCAGAGCAAGAAAAGCCAGAGGAGGGGCUGGGCCCCAACAUCAAGAGCAUUGUCACCAUGCUCAUGCUCAUGUUGUUGAUGAUGUUUGCUGUGCACUGUACGUGGGUCACUAGCAAUGCCUACUCCAGCCCCAGUGUGGUCCUGGCCUCCUACAACCAUGACGGCACCAGGAACAUCUUAGAUGAUUUUAGAGAAGCCUACUUUUGGCUAAGGCAAAAUACAGAUGAACAUGCCCGAGUGAUGUCAUGGUGGGAUUAUGGCUAUCAGAUAGCUGGAAUGGCUAAUAGAACUACAUUGGUGGAUAAUAACACCUGGAAUAAUAGCCACAUAGCCCUGGUGGGAAAAGCCAUGUCUUCUAAUGAAACAGCGGCCUAUAAAAUCAUGAGGACUCUAGAUGUAGACUAUGUUUUAGUUAUUUUUGGAGGAGUUAUUGGCUAUUCUGGUGAUGAUAUCAACAAAUUUCUCUGGAUGGUUAGGAUAGCUGAAGGGGAACAUCCAAAAGACAUUCGGGAAAGUGACUAUUUCACCCCACAGGGAGAAUUUCGCGUAGACAAAGCAGGAUCCCCUACUUUGUUGAAUUGCCUUAUGUAUAAAAUGUCCUAUUACAGAUUUGGAGAAAUGCAGCUGGAUUUUCGUACUCCCCCCGGAUUUGACCGAACACGUAAUGCUGAAAUUGGAAAUAAGGACAUUAAAUUCAAGCAUUUGGAGGAAGCCUUUACAUCGGAACAUUGGCUUGUUAGGAUAUAUAAAGUGAAAGCACCUGAUAACAGAGAGACGUUAGAUCACAAACCACGAGUCACCAACAUUUUCCCAAAACAGAAGUAUUUGUCAAAAAAGACUACCAAAAGGAAGCGUGGCUACAUUAAAAAUAAGCUAGUUUUUAAGAAAGGCAAGAAAAUAUCUAAGAAGACUGUUUAAACACAAUGUUCUGGUUCCUGACUUGAAGCAGUUGUCCUUGUGAGAACCGGUCUUUGCCUUUAGCUCAUGUCAUGUUUCACAGCAACAGAGGGUACAGAACUAUCACUGGUCCAGGUUAAUGUAUACAAUUUUCCAGCAAUGCCUGAUUUUAAAAAAUAAAAUUGGUUUAUCGAGAAGAACUUUUCGAUUUGUAAUGUGAAGCAAGACAGAGCACUGCUGCAAAUGUCUAGCAGCAGAUUUUUUUUAUUGGUACAUAUUAUACUUCAAAUCUGAGAAUUUGGACUAAUUGCACCAAAGAACCUUCUAAUUUGGUCCCUUGCACAUGAAUACCUGUCAAUGUUUUUAUUCUUUUACAGGACCUGCGUUUUAUUUGAAUUACCCUAAUAGCAAUAUGUAAAAUACAAAUGAUAAAAACUGAUGAGAGCUUCUUGAACCAGUAAACUAGUACAGGUCUGAAGAAAAGGUAUUAGAAAAGAAAUUACACUUUCUUGAAGUAUAUUUAUAUAUUUUCGUGUUUCUCCAAUGCAAAGAAUGUUUCAUCAAAUGUACAUUUUCUGUCUCAUUGUUUGCUGUAAGAAGCUGCUGUUUCAAAUAAGGACCUCUGAGUAGCUAAUUGAUUCAAAAAUGUUUUUUACGUUAAUUCAUGAUUACUGCUAUUAGCAGUUGUUUUCACAGGUACUUACAGAGCACAUUUCAUACAUCGUUCAUUUAAGGGCUAAAUUUCUAUCCUUUGUAAAUUAUGGCAACUGCAAGGAAUGUUGCUUACUAGGAUGGGGUUUGGUACUUCAGUACUAAGGUUGGGGCUAUGUUUACAUGCAAAAGUUAAGGAAAAACCCCUUAAAGUAUAUAGGUGUCCAAAGUUCAUUUUCUCUUUGAAAUGACAAAGGAUCUGUAUGCCUGGAUUUUUCUCAUUUUAUAGCAGUUUCAUUCAUCACAAUGAUUUUUGUUCUGUGCUCCAUAUUCUAAUUAAGCAUUUGAUGAAACACUCUGUAGUGCUUAUAUGCAUUUUCUUUUAUGAAAAAUGUGACAAUUGUUGAAAAAUGCACUAAAAUAUAAAUGGAGAUUGAACACGUUCACUUUCCAACUUUUAGGCAA